AUGUCGACGAUCAACUUCACGUUGCUGGAGGAGUUCUUGGACCGCGGCACAGAGGACAUUGACCAGAUCCAAUUCUGGUACGAGCGGCUGUCGGAGUACGAGCUCGAUGGAAAGGAGACUCAGCAUGAGCUCGACACGCUGCUGGCCGCCAUGAAGACCGUCGCCCACUUCUCGUUCGCCGCCGCAGAAGAGUUGAAGGAAGUGGCCGAGGGUGAAGCGGUGGCGAUGGCCGAGCGCGAAGCGCAAUGGGAGGAGCAACGUCAGCAGUUUAAGGAAGAAAUCGAGGACUUGCGCGACAAAAUAGCCGGUGGUGCCGAGGGCCUUGGCGAGGGCGUCGAUGCACUGAAGAACCAAGUCGACGCAUUAAAGGAAGAAAACCGGCAGCUGCGCCAGGAGAAUCGGGACCGCGAUCGCGAGAUUGCCGACCAGCGGGAUAGAUUUGAAAACCUGGUCGCGCGCACCGAGGCCCUACAACGGGAGCGGGAUACUUUGCUAUAUAAUCGCACCCAAAUGGAGGACACGAUUCGAGAGAUGAACAGGAGAAUAUCGUCAAAGAGCGAGGAACGGACGGACUGGGAAACGCGAAAAUUGCGACAGCGGAACGAGCAAGCAGCCCAGCUCUCCGAGCAGAUACAUGUGGUCGUCGCCCAAAACGACGAGCUGCGCGAGGAGAUCACUCGGCUUUCGGCUGCUCUGGAGCAGGCGACGAAGCUGAUCGAGGAUACUGGGAGAAAGUACGCCAACUUAACCGAAAUCUACGAAAAUUCCAAGCAACGGAUCGUAGGGCUGUCCAAGGAAAUCGAUAUGCUUAACAGCCAGCUCAACGACAAAGAAGCCGUCCUCUCCGAAUACACCAGCGAGGCCCACCAGAAGGGCUCCUUUUUCGAGAGCACCCUCGAGAAGAAGAACCAAGAGAUUGCCGAGCUGAACAAGAAGCUCGGGAGCUCGCUGCUGGAAAUUCAGGAGCUUCGGCUUCACAUUCGGACCGAUACGACAGCGGAAAAGGAGCAGGAGUUGGAGCGACUUAGGGAUGAGCUCGUUGCCGCCACGAAGAUGGCCCGGUCAUUGUUUGGGACGGAUGCAGAGAGUAGCAACGACCCGACAACGCAGCUACGGUAUCUAACCCUGGCGCGGGCCGACUUGGCACAAAACUUAUCCCAAGUCGAGGGCAAGGACUCGGCCUAUGCGGAUCUGGCAGCGCAGCACGAGAAGCUGCAGGAACUCAAAUAUGGCGAUCAGCUCGAGGAGGUGAAACGUCUGCAAACACAGCUUCGCUUCCGGGACGAGCAAAUUCAGAAGCUCGUCAAGCAGAGCACCAUGUUGCAAAUUGAGCUCGGCCGAUACGCCGAACUUGGACCUCCACCAAAAAGACGAAGGCCCAAGCCUGAAGGCCAAAAAACUGAAGCUCCCCCUGAAGACGCCGAAGCGGAGCAGCAAGCUGAGGAAGAGCAUGACUCCCAAGAAAGCCCAAAAAUCUCUGAAGAGCCGGAUUUUCGCGCUGAGGCCAGAGACGACGUCAAGCCGAGCGCAGAGGGCUGGAAGAGCCAAGGCCAAAAAGCCAAAGAACACCGUCAACGCCAAGCCGCCCAGCUGCUAGACUCGCAGCGUGGCGAUGUGGAAACACAGGCGAUUCUGAUUGCCACACUUUAUGAGGAGAUGAUGCAACUGUUGACGGAAUUGGACGCGAAGGACGAGAUUUUGAAGCAAAUGGCCACCGCCACGGCGGCUUCGAAAAGGUCGUUGGAUUUGGCUUGCGAGCGGCUUGGAUUGGCCCACAAACACAUUGAACACCUCGAAAAGGAGCGCCAGGCCGACAAUGGGGAUGAUGAAGCCCAACUCGGCGAAGUCGCCAAAGUCGAGAUUGAGAACGCGCUUCGCGCCAUCGAACUCGGCGGCGACGAGCUCGAGCGCCGCAUGGCGGAAACGUCGCGGAAAAUGGUGGCCGAAAGGGAGCAGGUGAUGCGCCUCAAAUCCAAGCUGAUCGACGAGAGGAGCCGGCUGGAGAAGACUGUAGCCAGGCUGCAGUAUGACUUGGACCUCUCAUCGAUCGAGACCGCUCGUCUCAUGGAAAAGCUUCUCCGCAGCGUCCCCCUCGCCGACUACGAGACGCUCCGCAUCAAGUACGACGCGCUACUAAAGACGGACGCCUUUGGGCCAAGUGCCGCGGCUACGACUACCGUAACCGAGCAGCCACUAAUUUCUCUCACAUCCACACAUCAAAAAGAGGAGUACGACGAGCUGUUGGCCAGGAAUGCAUAUCUAAAGAAAAUGCUCGAGAUCCUCACUGACCAGAACGAGUUUUGGAGCCGGGAAUGCGAUAUAUUGCAGCUCGAAAACGAGGAGAUCAAGCGCUUCCUGGAGGAUAUGGAAAAUCGUAGUGAUCAGCGGGAGAUCCUGGGUGAAAUCGAGCGUCGACUUUUACAAACGAUUCGCGAGCAAGCGGAAGAAGCGAUGGAGAGGGAUUCUGAGAAACGGAGAGGGAAUGAGCAUUUUAACCGAUUCGAAAAAGCCCAAGGCCAAUGGCAGGCCCAAAAACGCCAUCUGAUGCAUGCCGUCCAGUUGCUUCAAACCACACUUCAGAAGGAAAAAAACAACCGUAUCGACGGGCUGACGCUCGACCAGAUCGAGAUUUUCCGCUCGAAAAUCGGGGAGCUGAUCAUGAGAGAUGAGGAGAGCCAGGAGAAGGCGGAGAGAGUGGAAAAAAUCCGACUUGACGUGGAAAGCCAGCUUCGCUCAAUCGAAGCCAAUAGAAAAACGCAGGAAAUUGCUGAUGCCGAAAACCAUGAUCCGAAUCGGGUGAAACGGGCGCUGAACGGUGCCCUGCUUGAAGUCGGGCAGCUGAGGGAGCAGCAGAGGGUCAGCCAGGCUUUGGUGAUCGUCCGCACCAUCGUCAAGGACAACCGCAAGCCGUUCGAGGAGCAGUUCGCGCGCAUGAAGAAGGCCACCCAGAUUUGCAUCCAGACCUAUAAGGAGCAGCUAGCGCAGAGGGAGGAAGCCAUCGAGCACUACAAGAAGCUGCUGAAGGAGAGGAUGGAAGAGCCGCCGAGAGAGGCCUCCCAACAGACUGAGCCGGUCCAGUUCUCGAACCCCACAGACGAAGCGACAAAAUCGAGUGAAAAAGCGAUCAAGGAGACUCCCGCCACGCCUACCAUACCUGAAUUCCCGAGCAGAGAGUACGCCGACCCGACUUUGCCGUUCAAGAAUGAGAUCCGGACGUUAAAGGAGCGUGUAAGGCGGCUGACGACGGCAAAUAAGGACCUCCUCGCCACCUGCGAAAAAAUCAGGGAUGAUGCUCUGCAGGAGUUGGAAGCCAAGCGCAAUCGCUUAGCCACCCAGGGAGAUGCUGAGACAACGAGGCUCCGGACUGAAUGCGAGAGGCUGAGACGAGAGACACGGGCCCUACAGCGGACGGUAGCCAUCCAAAACGAGACGAUUCGAAAUACGCAGAAUUCGGAGGAACGGAAGAACGCUACCGAAGAAGUGGCAAAAUGGCAUGAAAAGAAGAAGGCCGAGCAGACGAUUGUGAUUUUGAAAAAGCGGCUCAAGGAAAUUGUGGACAGGGAGGACGAGUUGAAGGGCCAGAUCGAGAAACGUGACAGAAGAAUCGAAGAAAUGAAACGAGAGGAAGCUGGUCGGCAAACAGAGUUGGAGCGAAUGGAGAGGAGACUUCGUGAUCUCCGCUCCACUAAAUCUGCAGCCGAGCAGCAGCUCCAACAAAUCGAGCUGCUCAGCGAGCGCCUAAAGGGACUGGAAACCCAAUUGUCACGCAGUAGACAGGAAAAUGCAGCAAUCGCGAAGGAGAACCAACGGCUCCAGGGACGGAAUUCGGAAAUGGCCGCAAAGCUGGAGAAUCUGCAGCGUAGGCCCCAGAAAAUCCACGAGAUCGAGACGCAGACAAGUGGGUGGAUUGGGUUUGGU